AUGGACCCCCAGAUGACACCGCCCCGGGCAAUCCUGCUCCUCCUUUUCUUGCACCUGUUGCCACUGGGAGGCCUUUCUCACCCACUGGGCGGCCCUGGCCCGGCCUCGUCUGGGAUAACGGAGCUGCCGGACAGUCUGCAGGACAAGGUCCCGGAGCUGCAGGCAGAGAGGAUGGUCCUGGAAACCCUCCAGCAGGGCAUUGGCCCCACAGAAGCUUGGGAAGCCCGGGAGGCCCAGGUUACCCCUACAAGCAUCUUUGGGCCUGAGGACGUCUUCCAGGCCCUGUGGGGAAUAUCCAGUCGCAAGACAAAGCGUGCCUCAGGCUGCUUUGGGCGGAGGCUGGACCGGAUCAGCUUCCACAGUGGCCUGGGCUGCAAUGGUGAUGAGGACACGCCCUCCCAGAACACUCACUGUCCAAACCCAGCCAGCGCUUCAGAAUUCUUCCAGCUGUAG